AUGCGGCCCAUCGUCCCCUUCGUCCGGCCUCGUGCCUCACAGAAAGAGCAGGCCAGCCCCGGUGCGCAGAAGGCAAAGAGUGCGCCCGGCGGGGGCGGCAAGCGACGGGCAAAGUGCAAGCCCUCGGCCUCGAAGAAGGCGAGGACAGCCGCCGCCAGCGUGCCAAAGCAGCGGGCUCCAGUCUCACGCCAGACGCCGGAGGAGGUCGAGGCCGCCGAGGUUCGCUGCUUCGACCCUAUGGUGGGGCCGUCGGGGCUCUGGCCACAGAGCCGCCCGCUGGCCGCCUCGCCUCCGCCGCUCGCGCUCGAGAUCGCCCGCGGCGAGGGGCUGCGCCAGCUGCGCCUCAGGUGCGCCGACUUGGUGCGUGGCUUGCCGACGGGCGCCGGCGCCCUGGUCGGCGCCUUUGAGCGCUGGCACUUUGGGUGGCUGCUGCACGCGUCCCGUGCCGGCGGGGCGGGCGACCCGCUGCUGCCCGGCGGCGCCGCCGGUGCUCCCGAGCCCGAUGCGGAGCUACGGGCCGAGCUGGAGGCCGCUGGUUGCGAGCCGGCGGCGGCGGCAGCGGUGGCCGCCGACUUGCGCCGGGCUGCCGCGGAAGCGGCGACGGCGGCAGCGGCCCGAGCUGCGGCGGCGAGCGCGGAGGGUGGCGGGGAGGGUGGCAGUGGUGGGGAGGAGGAUGGGGUCGGUCUGCGAGAGGCGGAGGUCGGCGGCGGCGUCUGGUGCGUGAGUCUGCCGCCGGCGCUGCUCGCCCCGCUGCCGCAGGAGCUGAGGAAGCCACUCAAGAUCUCGGACGAGUGGCUCUCCAAGCUACGCGAGAUGCACACCGCCACCGUGGCCAGCACCGCCCCAGCCUCCGCCCCCGCCUCCGCCUCCGCCGCCUCUGCCGCCGCCGCCGAGCUCCGAUUCCGCUCCGACCUCGCGCGGCUGCUGCUGAGGUACAAGGCGCUCGGCGGCUCCGGCUUCCAGGCGGCGAUCGGCGGGGGCGCCUUCGCGGUGCUGCGCGCGAGCUUUGGCGCGCGGCUCGAGUGCUUCGCGUCGCCCCUCAACGCACGCUCGGCCCCAUUUUGCUCCGCCUUCCCCGACGUCGACGCGCCUUUCGGCUCGCUCGGCUCCUUCCUCGAGUUCGAGCCGGAGGAGGGCGCGUAUGAGGCGAACCCGCCCUUCGUGCCGCUCGUCCUGCGCGCGAUGUGCGCCCACAUGCACCGCCUGCUCGACCGCGCCGAGGCAAGCCGCAGGCCGCUCCUGUUCGUCGUCGUCGUCGGCGCCUCUUCGGCGCUCAAGAGGCACGCCGCGUGGGAAGACUUGCAGGGGUUGGCCGCGGGACGGCACGGCCGAGCGCAGUGGCUGCUGCCUCUACACGCACACGGCUACACUGAGGGGCACGCGCACAUCGCAAAGGGCGGCGCGCGGGCGGCGCGACGAAUGUCCUCGUGCGACACGGCUGUCUUCGUGUGGGCCUCCUCGGCGGGGGCGGAGCAGUGGCCGGUGACCGACGGCGCCGAGGCGGCGUUGCGCGCAGCGAUGAAGGCCGCCAUCCCGCGGACGCUGCGCAAGGCCACCAAGGCCAACCGGCAUGCCCACGCUGCGAAAAAGCAGGCGCGCAAUCACAGCAGCCGAUGA